AUGCUUUAUAUUUACACGAUUCGAAAUCAAACAACAGAUGUAAAAAUCCAUAAAUAUACUUUAUACAUUUUGGAUGUUUUAGUCUCAGAGCAUAACAUUUCCCGAUUUUAUGAAGAAUAUUAUAGCUGGAUCAGAAAUUUACUCAAAGAUUACAAAAAUAUUAUCUUAAAAGUUGGAGCUACUUAUGAGGUUGCAAAAUUUCAUACAAUACUAUAUAAUCAUUCAAACGUACCACACAUAUUCUUUGGGCGUCAGAGAACGUUCGACUACAUAUAUCCUUUUAUUAAUGGACUAGAAGACUUUCUUAACAAUACUGAUUUCAGAUGGUUCCUUCGGACCACAGAUGAUGUUUUUAUAAAUCUUGAAAAAUUGGAUUCAUUUCUUGACGAUCUAGAAGAUAAAUUUGAUCCACUAAGUGACUAUAUAGUUAGAGGAUCGUUAGCAGGUGUAAGUGAUCAGAUAUUUCUUCAUGGAGGCCCGGGAUGGUUAAUGUCAAGAUUUGCAGCACAAAAAUAUCUUGAAGACUACAGACUUAAUCCUCCGCAAGUAGAGAGGACAGGUGAUGACGUCGUUUCUUCGAAAUACUUUCGAGGAAAGAUUGAAGAUUAUGAUUGUCCCCAGUUUUAUGCUAGUCCAUUAAAUGUUGAAUCCUUAGAACUUAUAAAUAGAAAUUCAGACGAUUUCCCUCCAUGUCUAUCUAAUUCAUGCAAAUAUCCUGCAAAUUUAAUCGCUGUUUGGCAUUCUGGAGAACCACUGAUGGAAAUAGUCAAAGAAGGCCCAAGAUUGCAAUUUGCUGACGAUAUAUGUCUUGAAAGUGAAAAUUCGGGCAGAUCUUAUUUAUGCAAACUUAAUAAUGAAACAAUCUAG